AUGGAGGACAAGAAGAAGAAAAGGAGUCCCAAGCCCUGUUUGACCCAGCCAGCCCAGCCCCCAGGCACACUACGCAGGGUCCCAGUGCCCACCAGCCACAGUGGCUCCUUGGCCCUGGGACUCCCUCAUCUGCCAUCCCCCAAACAGCGGACCAAGUUCAAGAGGGUAGGCAAGGAGAAGUGCCGCCCCGUGCUGGCAGGAGGUGCAGGCGGCUCUGCAGGCACCCCCCUGCAGCACUCUUUCCUGACUGAGGUGACCGACGUCUAUGAAAUGGAAGGGGGGCUGCUGAACCUGCUCAAUGACUUCCACUCAGGCCGGCUGCAGGCCUUCGGGAAGGAAUGCUCCUUUGAGCAGUUGGAGCACGUGCGGGAGAUGCAGGAGAAGCUGGCCCGGCUGCACUUCAGCCUAGACGUGUGUGGAGAGGAGGAAGAGGAGGAGGAGGAAGAGGACGGGGUGACUGGCGGGCUACCUGAGGAGCAGAAAAAGACGAUGGCUGACCGCAACCUGGACCAGCUGCUUAGCAAUCUGGAAGAUCUUAGUAAUUCUAUACAGAAGCUGCACCUGGCCGAGAACGCCGAGCCUGAGGAGCCGUCAGCUGUGUAG